GCGCUGUGCAUGCCGGGCCGGCGGCGGUCCGGACCCUCAGCCGGUUUCUCCAUCAUGGCGGCGGCACUUGCCGCCCGGCUCUGGCUCUGGGCCGCGCUCCUGGCCUCGGUGGCGGCCGUGUACGAGGACCAAGUGGGCAAGUUCGAUUGGAGGCAACAGUAUAUAGGGAAACUCAAGUUUGCCUCCUUAGAAUGUGCCCCUGGAUCAAAGAAGAUGGUUGUGGCUACUGAGGAGAAUGUGAUUGCAGCAUUGAACUCCCGUACAGGUGUCAUCUUGUGGCGCCAUGUAGACAAGGGUACUCAAGAAGGAAUUAUUGAUGCCAUGCUUCUUCAUGGUCAAGAUGCACUCACUGUAUCCAAUGGGGGCCGGAUCUUGCGCUCCUGGGAGACCAACAUUGGGGGCUUGAACUGGGAGAUGUCCUUGGAUUCUGGCAGUUUUCAGAUGGCCAGCCUGGUGGGCUUGCAAGAUGUGGUGAAAUAUGUGGCCGUGCUGAAGAAGACCACUCUCACUCUUCAUUACCUAUCCAAUGGACACCAGAAGUGGAUGGAACAGCUUCCAAAGAGCGAGAGCGUUCAAUAUCAGAUGGUGUAUUCAUAUGGCACUGGAGUGUUGUGGGUCCUGGGGGUUGUUCCCAACAGUCAUGUGAAUGUUGUGACCUUUCAUGUGGAAGAUGGUGAGAUGGUUCAACAGAUCAGGGUGUCUGCGCCAUGGCUGAAGAGCUUAAGUGGGGUUUGUGGUGUGGUGGGCAAGGCUGUGCUGGUGUGCCCUGACCCAGGCACCCGUUCCCUUUUCACUUUGGCCCUGGAGACAGAAGAGGAGAUGAAAAGAACCCCACUGCAGGCCCUUGAGCUAGAAUUUGGCCAAGGUUUCCAGCCCUGGGUCCUGCCCACCCAGCCCAGUCCCACAAGUGCCUCCAGGCCACAGUUCUUCUUGCAGCUGGCUCCUAGCCAUUUUGCUCUGCUGCAGCACCGCCCGGAAGGCCUGGGUCUCCUCCGAAGUUUCCCACAGACUGCUCUGGUGAGUUUUGGUACCAGUGGGGAGAAGACUGUGGCCGCUGUGAUGACCUGCCGUACUGAAACUCAAAAAGGCGGGAGUGCUGAAGAGGCAGUGACAAAGAACGCUUCAGACAAAUCGAGCACGCAGGAAGCCCUUGUCUGCACUAACCAAACUUACACCAUUAACCUGUACCUCGCGGAGACGGGACGGCGGCUGCUUGACACCUCAGUCACCUUCAGCCUGGAGCAGAAUGGCACCCGGCCUGAGCGGCUGUAUAUCCAGGCCUUCCUGAAGAAGGAUGAUUCGGUGGGCUAUCGGGCUCUGGUGCAGACAGAUGACCACUUACUUCUCUUUCUUCAGCAGCUGGCUGGAAAAAUGCUGCUUUGGAGCCGAGAGGAGUCACUGGCAGAAGUGGUGAGCUUGGAGAUGGUAGACCUGCCCCUGACGGGCGCCCAGGCUGAGCUGGAAGGAGAGUUUGGCAAGAAGGCAGAUGGCCUUCUGGGGAUGUUCUUGAAGCGCCUGUCCUCCCAGCUCAUCCUGCUGCAGGCCUGGACCGCCCAUCUGUGGAAAAUGUUUUAUGAUGCUCGGAAGCCUCGGAGCCAGAUCAAGAACGAGAUCAAUAUUGACAACCUGGCGAGAGAUGAGUUCAACCUCCAGAAGAUGGUGGUGAUGGUGACGGCCUCGGGCAAGCUCUUUGGCAUCGAGAGCAGCUCGGGCACCAUCCUGUGGAAGCAGUACUUGCCCAACAUCAACCCGGACUCCUCCUUCAAGCUGAUGGUGCAGAGAACCACAGCUCACUUUCCCCACCCCCCGCAGUGCAUUCUCCUGGUGAAGGACAAGAAAUCAGGAAGGAGUUCUCUGUAUGUCUUCAACCCCAUUUUUGGGAAGUGGAGCCAGGUGGCACCUCCUGUGCUGAAGCGGCCCAUCUUGCAAGCCUUGCUCCUGCCCAUCAUGGACCAGGAUUACGCCAAGGCACUGCUGCUGAUCGAUGACGAAUAUAAGGUCACAGCUUUCCCAGCCAGCCGAAAUGUCCUGCGUCAGUUACAAGAGAUGGCAUCUUCCAUCUUCUUCUAUCUCGUCGAUUCAGAACGGGGCCGACUGUCUGGAUUCAGGCUGCGUAAGGAUUUGACAACAGAGCUGAGCUGGGAGCUGACUAUCCCACCAGAAGUACAGAAAAUAGUGAUGGUGAAGGGCAAGCGGGCCAGUGAGCAUGUGCACUCCCAGGGCCGAGUGAUGGGUGACCGCAGUGUGCUCUAUAAGAGCUUGAACCCCAAUCUGCUGGCUGUGGUGACAGAGAGUACAGACCUGCACCAUGAGCGUACCUUCAUUGGUAUCUACCUCAUUGAUGGUGUCACGGGCCGUAUCAUCCAUUCCUCAGUGCAGAAGAAAGCCAAAGGACCUGUCCAUCUUGUGCAUUCAGAGAACUGGGUGGUGUACCAGUAUUGGAACACCAAAGCACGCCGCAAUGAGUUCACAGUGCUGGAACUGUAUGAAGGGACAGAGCAGUACAAUGCCACGGCUUUUAGCUCCCUGGAUCGCCCACAGCUCCCUCAAGUCCUCCAGCAGUCAUAUAUUUUCCCCUCAUCCAUCAGUGCCAUGGAAGCCACCAUCACAGAACGGGGUAUCACCAGUCGCCAUUUACUCAUUGGGCUGCCUUCAGGAGCAAUCCUUUCUCUCCCAAAGGCCCUGCUAGAUCCUCGACGUCCUGAGAUCCCAACGGAGCAAAGCAGAGAGGAGAAUUUGAUCCCCUAUUCUCCAGACGUGCAGAUCCAUGCAGAGAGGUUCAUCAAUUACAAUCAGACUAUCUCCAGAAUGAGAGGCAUCUACACGGCUCCUUCUGGCCUGGAGUCCACCUGUCUGGUUGUGGCGUAUGGGCUGGACAUUUACCAAACCCGCGUCUAUCCAUCCAAGCAGUUUGACGUCUUGAAAGACGACUAUGACUAUGUGUUGAUCAGCAGCGUCCUCUUUGGCUUGGUCUUUGCCACCAUGAUCACAAAGAGACUGGCUCAAGUCAAGCUUCUGAAUCGUGCUUGGCGGUAGAGAAAGAUACACCCUGUCCUCAGAAAAGCCACCGAGGAGGGAUGUCAUGGGCUGGGCCAGAAGCCACCAAUGUGAUUUGACCGACUGGCAAGGAAGAACAUUGGGAAAUGCCUGGGAAGCUCAGCUCAGCUGGGCUUCUGUCCAAGGAGGAGGUGGAUUUCUGUGACAAACUCUUUGGAGACAUGAGUUGGCAUCUCACAGUGGACUUAAGAUUUACUACCUAUACUGAAAGCCUGGAAAAACCUUUGUGGAUUUCCCUCACCCCAACCUUGACAACCCCUCAGCUCCAUUGUUUUCAAACCCUUUGGGUUUUUUUUUUCCUCCUUCCAGAUUUUAUUCAUGGGAUUGGGAUGGGUGGGUGGUUUGGGGGGAGAAAUGCCCUAAGGAUUAAUUUCUAGUUUUUGACUCAGUCUGGCCAGCAGAAUGGAGAGAAUACUGGACUUGUCAAUUCACACCCACCCUGACACUUACUAGCUUUGUGACCUUGGGCAAGUCACUUAACAUUUCUGAGCCUCAGUUUCCUAUCUGUAAAAUGGGGAUGAUGAUAAUACCUCUAGUACCUACCUCACAGGGUUGUUGUGAGGCUCACAUGAGAUAAUAUAUGGAAAGAGCUUUGUAAACUGUAGAGUACUAUAUAAAAUUCAUUUUUUAAAAUUGUUGCCAGCUUGACACUCCCCUCCCUAAGCUCUCCUGAUCUUUCCUACUUUAAAAGCUGAACUCACAUAUUUUAAUUUCACUUAUAAUACAAAACAUUAAUACUGCAAGUGUAGAGGGAUAGUAGCUUAUAAUGUUUUUAUGGAACCAUCCUAGUCUCAUCUUCCCUCUUAGCAGUCUAAAUUGGGGAAAUACCCACAGUGUAAAUUAUUAACAAGGUUUCCAAUUUAUUGUUUGCUUUUAUUUAUUGUGGUUUAACUAUACAUUCUUUCUUUCUAAAUAUCAGAAACAAAUUGGCAUCAGACAUGUAGCUGAUACUUCUUGAAGUCCCCUGAAUUGUCUGGUACCUGUGAUUUCAGAGAAAAAAAAGGAUUCUUGUCCCUUUAAAAACUAUGAUAGAUUUCUUCAUUUCACCCAGAUGAUGAUUUAAUCAGUCAACUAGAUGACAAGUACUAGGAUUUGACAUCCCAGGACUUGAGUUUGAAUUUUGACGCAACCACUUAUUAGCCUUGUGUCCUUUGGCAAAUUAUUUUCCCUUUUCUGAGCCACAGUAUCCUUAGCCACCAAAUGAGGAAGAGAACCUAGGUGAUCUCCAAAGGCUCUUCUGAUCCUAAAUCCUGUUAUACUAGGUUAACAAUGUUGCAUGUGUAGAGAUUCCAUUAUUUAUUUUCAGUCCUGGAUAAAAGGUUAAUUAGCACUUGGGAUAUAGAUAAUUGAUUUGAGUUUCUCAUUCCCCUUUUCCAGAGAUUUUUAACAUUGUUUUCCACCUGUCUGGCUUCUCAAAAAAAAAAAAAAAAAAUAGAGGCUCCAUCAAAGAAACAGACUGAUUUUCCUGGACUCCUAUGUCCUCAGCCAAUUAGUGGUCAUUGUUGUCUGAAAGGGUUCCAAUAAUUGUGUCCUAGUACUAUUGUGAGUUUGGGUAGAUUUGCCUUUAGGCCAAAUUUGGUAAUACAGUCCCUUGGUGAAAGUGAUGAUACAAUGGACAGGUCUCUGAAUAAAAGUGAUUGCUUGCCUAA